AUGGCGUCAGUCGUUCCUUAUAACGGCACCAUAGGGAAGGCAGACUCCGGCCACUCGACCGGAGUCAGCGACCUCAACAUUUUCUACGACACCGGCCAUAUGACAUGGAUCACCGUCAGCUCUGCCCUUGUGCUUCUCAUGAUUCCCGGCGUGGGUUUCUACUACAGCGGUCUUGCCCGCCGCAAGUCGGCCCUCUCACUCCUCCUCCUCUCCAUGGUCUCCGUGGGAGUCAUCAGCUUCCAGUGGUUCUUCUGGGGAUACUCACUCACCUUCUCACGAACUGGAAAUGCGUUCCUCGGCGAUCUCACACAGUUUGGUUUGAUGAAGACGCUGGCCCAGCCCAACGGCUCCGCCAACUUGCCUGACAUCUUGUUCUGUCUGUACCAGGGCAUGUUUGCCGCUAUUACCCCUGCCCUCGCUAUCGGUGCCGUCGCUGAUCGCGGCCGCAUGCUCCCCGCCAUCGUCUUCAUGUUCAUCUGGUCCACCGUCGUCUACGACCCCAUCGCCUACUGGACCUGGAACGCCAACGGCUGGCUCGCCAAGCUCCCCAACUACGACUUCGCCGGUGGCGGCCCCGUCCACAUGUCCUCAGGAGCCUGCGCCCUGGCCUACAGCAUCAUGUUGGGCAAGCGCACCGGCUACGACAAGAACCGCGGUCUGCCCUACCGCCCACACAGCGUUACCAACGUUGUCGUCGGCACCGUCUUCCUCUGGGUCGGCUGGUUCGGUUUCAACGGUGGCUCGGCCUUGGGCAUGAACCUCCGCGCUAUCAUGGCCUGCUUCGUCACCAACUUGGCUGCUUCGGUCGGUGGCGUCACAUGGAUCUUGCUGGAUUAUCGUCUGGAGAAGAAAUGGAGCACGAUUGGAUUCUGUUCAGGGGCUAUUGCUGGCCUCGUGGCGAUUACUCCUGCGUCUGGUUAUGUUACUCCUUGGGCCAGCUUCAUCAUUGGCAUGGUUGGCGCCAUCUGCUGCAACUUUGCUACCAAGCUCAAGUUCCUCAUUGGCGUUGACGAUGCUCUUGACAUUUUCGCCGUCCAUGGCAUCGGUGGAAUGGUCGGUAACAUCUUGACCGGCAUCUUCGGAACCUCCUCCAUCGCCGACCUCGACGGCUCCUCCUACCCCCCGAUCGGCUGGGUCAACGGCCACUGGGUCCAGCUCGGCAACCAACUUGCCGGCGUCUGCGCCGUCUUCGGCUAUUCCUUCACCCUCUCCUGCAUCAUCCUCUUCCUCAUGAACCUCAUCCCGGGCCUGUCCCUGCGCGUCAACGCCGAGGACGAGGACGUCGGCGUCGACGACUGCCAGCUCGGCGAGUUCGCCUACGACUACGUCGAGAUGAGGAGGCACGUCCUGGACGGCGAGGUCCUCUCCACGCCAGCCGUCAUGAGCAGCAGCUCGAGCACGGCGGAGAAGCACUCUGCCGAGAAGAUGCCCGUGGGGAUGGUCUAA